GCCUAGACUCUACCUUACUUCAAAUAAUAAUCAUUUUAUUAAUUUGAUCAAUAGCCUUAGCUCAUACUUAUUGGUUGUACAUUUACGUCAAUUGAACCUUACUUCAAAUAAGUAUUCUUCCCGCUGAUUAUGCCCAUAUUUUGCGGUUAUCAGUGAGAUGUGUUGUGGGAUGUUACAAAUUUAUAAUAACAUUCACCUGAAACUGUGCGCGUUUCUUAUGAAUAACAUCAAUGCUCCCCAUUCGCCCAAUACUGGCAGUUUGAAGUGAACCUCACAUGUACUAUAGCAUCUAUAUGGGUUGUAUUAUAAUUUGUAUAAUGCAUUUACGUGAGAGUGCAAUAAAGAGAGGAAUGAUGCAAAUAAAGAUGAAUAUUUCUUGAUCAAUUACCGUACGAAUUUCGAUGUAGCCAAUUUCGAUUGUUAAUAAUUAUCAUUAAUCGAAAAUCCAAAUUAAAAGCUGUAAAUCACCCCGAACACUUCUGCUACUGCAAAUAUUGACAAAAGGUAAACAACUAGAUGGAAAUUCGAUUGUUGUUCGUUACAGACAUGCACACACAAUUUUUAAUGAAAGAGCAAUCUGAUUACACAUUGCAGUGUGUAGCCUACCUACAUUUUGUUGUAUUUACAUUUUCUACUUAGUUACAUCAAACUCUUAUUCAAUAUUGAUAAAAAAUUCAAAUUGUUUAAAUCAUUACAAUUCUCAAAUAUGGAAGAAUAAUACAUUAUUAAUAGGCACCUACUUGUGAAAAACAUGCCCUUGAAGCCACAUAUAGAAGUAGAAUGUGCUGCAUUAUCAGUCAGUCAAACGAUGGAUGUAUUCAAGUAUGGGUUUAAUCCUUUGAAGUAUUAGAAGGUCAAUUGAAGAGUAAGCGGGGGGAAAAAAUGUAGAAAAACAAAAAAAUUUAGGAUCAUCAUUUUAAACUUGAAAUCUAUUCUCAUAACAACACUAUUGAUAAAUUCGCACUCAUUCUAAAAUUGUGCUGUAUUAUUCAAUAGAUCUAUAUUAUUUUAAAUACACUUGAAUAAAUAUUAUAAUAUUUAUGGGCAACAAUGCAUAAACUCUAGAAAUGCGUUUUGCGUGUUUCAACGACCAGACCAGCCUAUUGGAGGCCUGCAAAUAAUGAUGAGUCGAUUUGGGUGAUAUUUUCAUCAGCUGGAAAUUGGAUUGUAGAAAGUUGGGUUCUUUCUUGAAGGAGACCUCUUGGGGGAAGGUUGAAUAAGUAAUUGGAACAAUGAGAUCAGGAUGCUGUACUAAAGCUAUCGUGUCCAUCUAUUGAGAAGGAGGAUAUGGAAACUACUCUGCUGCUACGAAAGUUCAUGAACCUGGUCCACUAUGACAGACCACUAAAUUCUCUUCCCUUUAUCACUAUAAUGAUAAUCGGCGCUCUGGGCUCAAUCAACAGCGGUUUGGUCAUCUUCCACGAAAAACUCAGCCAGGAAAAACUGUUAACCGCUCUCAAAGAAAACCUACUACUCAUCAUCGUAUUUUCCUGGAUCGCUAUUCGAGGUUUGAAGCCUUCAAAACCUUUAAAAUUGGUGGAACUGAUUGAAAGCGAUUUUCUGGUUUCGGAAAAUGAACUUAAUGGCAGAGAUGAAAAAUGGAGGAGGCUGGAAAACUAUUACAACAAUAAACGGGACGAUAUGAGAGGGAUUUGUGAAGGGUUUUUGAAGAUUAUAAUUAUUAUUUUCUUAGGGAUAUUAAGUAGAAACCUGGUGGUGCAACUCACAGAAGAUACAAACGAUGAAACCCAAGACUGGCCUACCCCUUUUGUGUACUGGUGUCCGGAAGGGUAUGAUAACUACACGUUUUUUCUUCUGAUCUAUACCCUACAUGCAAUACUGUUAUUAAUCAUGGGUAUGGAAGGGUUUUGUCUGCAAGUAUCAACAUGCUUAGCCAUUGAACGUGUGAUUGCUGACUUUGAGACGAUCAAUAUGCUAUUGAGGGAUAUGGUGGAUGAUUUUCCUGAUGAUGAAGAUUAUGUUGAUGAUCAGAGUGUUGCAGAUGAGAGUGAUAUACAAGUGUAUAGAGGGGAUAAUUGCAGAGAAAAGCAAGACCUUAGAGGAGAUAUGGGCCGUAUUGUGCGGUGUCAUCAGAAACUCAACAGGAACUUUAAGGAAUGCGCAGAGAGUUGUACCUAUGGGAUAUUCAGCUUGAGCUUUAUUGUAUGUGUCGACAGCGUAUUAAGCAUUUUUAUCAUGUUAAAGGCAGUCGAUCUGAAAACAAAAGUGAUGUUUGCUAUAACGACUCUCUCAGCAAACUUACUCCUGCUUCUAAUUUAUGGCAUUGGCCAGAGAAUCAUCAAUCAGAACGACAUAUUUCGCCGGUGCCUUUCUGAAGUUGCUUGGACCGACAAGCCAAAGUGGUUCAAGAGCUCUCUGCAUAUUAUGAUCGGGUUCGCCAAUACUGAUAUACAAAUGAAACCAUACGGUAUCUACGUUCUCAACUAUGAAACUUUGAAAAAUAUACUGAAAGCAUCAUUCACAUUUGGAAAUUUCUUCUACACCAUGGCAGUGAACUCAAACCAAAUGAUUUUGUGAACAAGCUACUAUUUCAUCCUACCACCUACCAAUUACUCGUAUCAGAAUCUUUAAAGAUUUGAAAAUAUAAAGUUUGUUCAGAUGAAGGUAUCAGAACAGCAGUGGAAUAAUUUCAUUUUGCCAAUUUCAAACUUUACCACUUCUAAAGUCAACUAUAUUUUUCAUUAUUUGCAUAUGUACCAAGACCUAUUUCAUAUCCCAAGGAUGUACUGUAUUGCUGAAGGCGACCUAUCAGUGUUAGGUAAUAUAAUUAGAAUAAUGAUACUGCUGUUUUCUAAUAUUAUCUUGGAUAGUUCUAUAAUGGAUCUCCACAUCUUUGAAAAAUACAAACUACAUUGUAUACCGUACUAGAGAGUUGUGAUAUAAAAUUGUGAGCUGAUUUUCUUAAACUACGAGCUUCAAACAUUCAAUACACAACAUUCAUUAAUUAUGUCAAUAGUCUAUCAUGGGACAAAGCAGAUAGCUCUAUUCUUUUUCAACUCCGUAACGUUGUCAACUUGUUUGCUGGUGAAUUGAUAGCCUGGUAAUAUAAACUUAUGUAGACAAUUAAUAUUAUAACAUAUACCGAGCAGAUGACUUGAAUCAAAACUAUUAUCUUAUCCACCUAUUUAUUAUUGAAGACGGUGGAAAAGGAAAACUGACUACGGUACAUAAUAUGCUGUCCUAUGAAUCUUGGAUCUCAUUAUAGAGAAAUUGAUUCAAUAAAUAUGUUUCUCUCAUUGAUGAUUGUUCCUACAUAAUCCAUAUUCUAUCCAGACAUAUAUUCGAAAUAUACUCUUCAACAAGACCUGCAUGAA